ACAAAUGGACUGAGUGGUCGAAGGAGGAGUGGAUUACGCACACAAGGCUUGUUUUCUUAACUUUCUAUGGACGUUUUUAGGUUUUUCCUGCUUUCGACAGUGGAGUUUAAAAACCCAGAAGCACUCAGUGAGGUCUCCAGCAGAGACUAGCUUCCUCCUGGGAAACGCCCAGAUCGUUGAGUGGCCUGUAGUUUACAGCAAUGAUGGAUUCUGCAAACUGUCUGGCUUCCACAGGGCUGAGGUCAUGCAGAAGAGCAGCACAUGCAGUUUUAUGUACGGAGAGCUGACCGACAAGAAGACCAUCGAUAAAGUCAGACAGACGUUCGACAACUAUGAGUCCAACUGCUUUGAAAUCCUGCUCUACAGAAAGAACAGAAGCCCAGUGUGGUUCUACAUGCAAGUGGCUCCCAUCAGAAACGAGAAUGACAAGGUGGUCCUGUUCCUCUGCACUUUCAAGGACAUCACGCUCUUCAAGCAGCCCAUCGAAGACGAAACCACGAAAGGAUGGACCAAGUUUGCACGGCUAACACGGGCGCUCACCAACAACCGCAACACGCUGCAGCAGCUGGCACCCAUCGGCAAACAUGAAGUCAGCCAUAAACAGUCCAGACUGGCAGAGCUAAAGUCAGCCAGGUCUGGACAGUCUGAUCCUCGGCACCACAGCAAUAAAGCGGCUACAGUCCUGCAGCUGAAUUCUGACAUCCUCCCUCAGUACAAGCAGGAAGCCCCCAAAACCCCUCCCCACAUAAUCCUUCACUACUGCACCUUCAAGACCACAUGGGACUGGGUGAUCCUCAUCCUCACCUUCUACACGGCCAUCAUGGUGCCCUACAACGUCUCCUUCAAGACCAAGCAGAACAACAUUGUGUGGCUGGUGCUGGACAGCGUAGUGGACGUCAUCUUCCUGGUGGACAUCGUCCUCAAUUUCCACACCACUUUCGUAGGGCCCGGCGGUGAGGUCAUCUCAGACCCCAAACUCAUCCGCAUGAACUACCUAAAGACCUGGUUCGUCAUCGACCUCCUAUCCUGUCUGCCCUAUGACAUCAUCAACGCCUUUGAGAACGUGGAUGAGGGCAUCAGCAGUCUGUUCAGCUCUCUGAAGGUGGUCCGCCUGCUGCGUCUGGGCCGGGUGGCCCGGAAACUGGACCACUACCUGGAGUACGGAGCAGCUGUUCUGGUGCUGCUGGUCUGCGUGUUCGGACUGGUGGCUCAUUGGCUCGCCUGUAUCUGGUACAGCAUUGGAGAUUACGAGGUCAUCGACGAAGCGACCAACACUAUAAAAAUGGACAGUUGGCUCUACCAGCUGGCUAACAGCAUCGGAUCACCUUACCGCUACAACGCCAGCGGAUCUGGCCAAUGGGAGGGCGGCCCAGGAAAGGACUCUCUGUACAUCACCUCUCUGUAUUUCACCAUGACCAGCCUGACUACCAUCGGCUUUGGGAACAUCGCACCCACAACAGACGGGGAGAAAAUCUUCUCAGUGGCGAUGAUGAUGGUGGGAUCUCUGCUCUAUGCCACCAUCUUUGGAAACGUCACCACCAUAUUCCAGCAGAUGUACGCCAACACCAACCGCUACCACGAGAUGCUCAACAACGUCAGGGACUUCCUGAAGCUCUACCAGGUCCCUAAGGGGCUAAGCGAGCGCGUCAUGGACUACAUCGUCUCCACCUGGUCCAUGUCUAAAGGCAUCGACACGGAGAAGGUCUUAUCCAUCUGUCCCAAGGACAUGAGGGCUGACAUCUGUGUCCACCUCAACAGAAAGGUGUUCAAUGAACAUCCAGCGUUCCGGUUGGCGAGCGACGGCUGCCUUCGCUCGCUCGCCGUGGAGUUCCAGACAACCCACUGCGCUCCCGGAGACCUGAUUUUCCACGCUGGAGAGAGUGUCGACACCCUGUGUUUUGUCGUGUCGGGGUCACUGGAGGUCAUCCAGGAUGAUGAGGUCAUCGCUAUUUUAGGUAAAGGUGACGUGUUCGGGGACGUCUUCUGGAAGGAAACCACCCUUGCUCACGCGACCGCUAACGUCAGAGCGCUAACGUACUGCGACCUCCAUGUCAUCAAAAGGGAAGCUCUGCUUAAAGUGUUGGAGUUUUACACGGCCUUCGCCAACUCCUUUUCACGCAACCUCAUCCUCACCUGCAACCUUCGUAAACGGAUAAUUUUCCGCAAGAUCAGUGAGGUGAAGAAGGAGGAGGAGGAGAGGCAGCGGGCGAAGAACGAGGUGCAGCUUACCAUCCCACAGGACCAUCCGGUCAGGAAGCUUUUCCAGAAGUUUAAGCAGCAGAAGGAGCUUCGCAACCAGGGGGCUGCCUCGGCCUCGCAGGUAGACCUGGAGAAGAACCAACUGCAGGUGGAGCAGCACCACCACCAGCAUCUGCACCCCCACAACCUGCAGCUGGGCCACUCCAGCCUGCAGCACUCCCUGCCGCUCAGCCUGCAACGGCCCCACUGCUCCCUGCAGAACGGGGCCCCACCUAGCAGCAGCGUGCUAACCGUGUCUCAGGUCACGCCCAUGCAGUGCUCACUGGCAUACAGCCAACCGAGUGAGCCCCCCGCCAAGCAGAACAACUGUGACAUCAUGGAGCUGCAGCCCAGUGCUGCUGGAGGGACUGAAGAGCAGACUGUCAGGCUCAAAGUCAGCACCAGCCCCGCACUGGCGAAGCCAGCUGUCAAGGCCAGCGGCUGGAUGCGCCUGAAAAACAACAUGGCUCCAGUGGAGGCCAAGAAGGAGGGGCUGAACAACGUCAAGGCUGUUUCUGUGGAGAUGCUCUCCCAAGACGGGAAAGGUCAGGAAGCAGGAGGGGGUGGGGAUGUGGAGGAGGGCGGGGUGUCAAGUAAUAACCCCCUGCGUAAGACGGACUCCUGUGACAGCGGCAUCACCAAGAGUGAGCUGCGGAUUGAUCGGGCAGGGGAGGCUAGGACCCCUGCUGCUGUCACCCCCCUCCUGCACAGCCCUCUCCCAGGAGGAGCGGGGUCCCCUCACCCAUUCUGCCCCAUCCCAGAGCAGGCCCUUCAGGCGGCGCUGCACGAAACUCGGCUCGAGCUCCGUGGGGACAUCCAGAGUCUGGGGGGCCGCCUGGGCGCCCUGGAGAGUCAGGUAGCUGAAAUUAUCAAACUGCUGUCAGAAAAAAAGCGGCCGAGCACGCUGGCGCCGACGGCCUCCAUCACACCAAAAACCAAAAUACAACGUCAGGACAUCUUCACCGUUUCCAGGCCUGUUUCUCCAGACUCGGAGAAGGACGACGGGCUCUGAAGGAAGCUUAACCAGUGGUGUGGAGAGAGUACUGGGAAUACAGUGAUCACGUGGCACCUUGUUCCACUACGAUCACAUUUAUCAGAUCAAGGAUCACUCAGUUUUUGGGCCUCCAGCUCCAUCAGAUCCACUUACACCACUGGUGAUGCUAACAAACUGUCUUCUCUAACAUUUGCACACAGACUUUUAUCUCCAGGUCACGUUGGAGCCCAGACUCCACAGAGACCUGGACCUGAUUUUUCUGAUUGUACAUACCUCUCUAUGCAUGUCCAGCUGGAUUCUGGCCUGCCAAAGAAACAACUUAACAUACUUAUUGCCUGUAUAUUAUGCAGUUGACUGCAUGCAAAUGGAAUUUAAAGACAUUUUAUUGAGCUACACUGUA